CAGGCGUUAGCUGCAGCAGCACACAGAGCCAGGGCGCUGGAUUAGUGCAGGUUUGCAGCUCUGAGUAAAUCAGCUGUGAGAUGCGCACACACUCUCUCACACUCUCUCUCUCUCACACACACACUUAGACUUGGCGUUGACCGUUUCGUUUCCCGCUUGGUGACAACACCGCGGUCGUGUUUCUGCUCGGUAAGACGCGAGGCGGUUUCUGACCCCAUGGCCAAAGGAAACGUCGACUCGGCGAAGGGCGCGUGGAAGAAGCAAGUCGAUGACAUCAAGAAGAUUUUCGAGUUGAAGGAGAUUCUCGGGACUGGCGCUUUCUCAGAAGUGGUGCUUGCUCAGGAGCGGGCCACAGGAAAGAUGUAUGCGGUCAAAUGCAUCCCGAAGAAAGCUCUAAGGGGAAAAGAGACCAGCAUCGAGAAUGAAAUCGCUGUGCUUAGGAAGAUCAAGCAUGAGAACAUCGUUGCGCUUGAGGACAUCUAUGAAAGCCCCAACCAUCUGUACCUCAUCAUGCAGCUUGUGUCUGGAGGAGAACUGUUUGAUCGAAUCGUUGAGAAGGGCUUCUAUACUGAGAAAGAUGCCAGUGCUUUGAUCAAACAAGUUCUGGAUGCUGUCAACUACCUCCACUCACUUGGCAUAGUCCACAGAGACCUCAAGCCUGAGAAUUUGUUAUAUUUCAACCCGCAUGAUGAGUCUAAAAUAAUGAUUAGUGACUUUGGCCUGUCAAAGAUGGAAGGAGCAGCAAAUGACAUCAUGUCCACCGCCUGUGGAACUCCGGGAUAUGUUGCUCCAGAGGUUCUGGCACAGAAGCCCUACAGUAAAGCAGUAGACUGUUGGUCUAUUGGAGUUAUUUCUUACAUAUUGUUAUGUGGUUAUCCUCCUUUUUAUGAUGAGAAUGAUUCCAAACUAUUCGAGCAGAUCCUAAAGGCUGAGUAUGAAUUCGAUUCACCCUAUUGGGACGAUAUCUCAGACUCGGCUAAACAUUUCAUCAGUAAUCUGAUGCAGAAGGAUCCAGAGAAAAGGUUCACAUGUGAUGAGGCUCUUCGGCAUCCCUGGAUAGCUGGAGACACAGCUCUUUGUAAAAACAUCCAUGAGUCAGUCAGUCGCCAAAUAAAGAAGAAUUUUGCCAAAGCCAAAUGGAGGCAAGCGUUUAACGCUACAGCUGUGAUCCGGCACAUGAGGCGCUUGCAGCUGGGCAGCAGUUUAGGCAGCAGCAUGGACACCACCCUGCACAGGACUGAGAACCAGACACCCAUGCCUGUCAAAAGCCAGUCUAUUGAUGUCUCCUCCAUCAACCACAAGGACUAUGUGUCCCGUAGAGUCUCAAACACAGGGGCGACGGAGAAACGCACACGACCCACCGUCACCACCAUCAUCACUGGAUCCAAAUGAAGCCGCUUUCCCGGAGAGCCAUCUGAAGGCUGCUGUACUUUCACAAUUCCUUGGUCACGUCUUGCCACCUUCAUGCACUUUGUUCAAUCCUUGUUGUGCUAGUCACCAAUCAGUAGCACACAGUUCUGCAUGAUGGUAACAGAGUAACAGAAGGUCCAAGUCCUAAUUGAGAGGUUAACCCAGUCGGUGAUGUGAGGGAAGACUCUGUUAUUGAUCGGCACUGCUGCUGAAGACCUGAGUGGGACAUCCUGUGGAUUUCAGGGAUGUGUUUGCCUGGUGGAUUCAUUCAUGAACUGAUUCUUUUUGGAGUUAAUUACUGUUUAAAGCUGCUUUUAGAAGCAUGGAAUUAACACCAGUUAUAGGAGUUGUAUAUAGUUGCUUCACAGUGGUAUACAGGUUAUUUCAGUUGGUCCUUGGUUACUUCCAAUAUAGCUUAGUGAGAAAAUGGAGCACCAUUUACACUUAAUCUGUGUGUAAUUGACAUGAUUGUGUGUAGCAGAGAUUCUUUUUUUUUUUACUGGGGUUUUGACAUUCUCUUCUGGUCUUGUAAGUGCACAAAUAAAGCUAAAAAUAAUGCUUUACAUUUUUUUUAUCAUGCUCCAGUAUAGCAGUAAUUCAUUCAUCUGUAGGUGAAAUCUGUCAAGAAAUUUGACUCAAAUGAUUAGAUCAUUAGAGCAAUCUUUAUUAUAUGGCUCGUCAAUCUGCCGAGCUCCACUUGUACUGUACAGGCCGUAAUGUGUCUAAAGUGAUAGCAUUGCAGUGUAAAUUGUGCUACAUAAAACUCGAUAAAGAACACUCCUUCUGUUCUUUUUUUUUCCCUUUAUCCGUGCUUAAAUCACAGCUUGUAAUGCAAUAUUGAAAUAUACAGAGUUCUGUUCUCAGUGUGUGUGGGUAUUGAUGAAAAUGUUUCAUGUGAUUUUCCUGAAUAUUUAAUAUUCUCUUAAAAGCUUAAAAGACCUGCUAUCCAUUGUUAACAGAAGGCUGUUUUUUUUUAUGUAGGCGAUACUGUUUAUUUAUUUAUUCAUGAAAUUAUUUGCCACAGAAUUUUUAUCGUACUGAAUUAUAUAAAUGCUUUCAGAAAGACAUUUAAAAGUAGAUGGAAGUGAUUUGUGUUACACAUAAUUUUUUUUAUGUUUUGUUAUUAAAAGUAAUGAAGAAUAAUAAAGGAAAAAGAAAAUCAAUUAGUGUUCCACAGUAAGAUAUUAAGGAAGUGAGAAAUCUCUAAGGUUGAGUGAUAAUAUGGGAACCACUAUAGUACAAACUUUCUUAAACUGCAUGAAAAAUUACAAAUACACAGCUUAUACUUCACUCAGUAUUUCUCCACAGUUUUCAUAGACGUGCUCUGAAUU